AUGCCGAGGUACAAAAUCAGAGGGAUCGAUGUUGAUUUCCCGUACGAGGCUUACGAUUGCCAGCUCGUUUACAUGGAGAAAGUCAUCCACUCGCUUCAAAAUAGAUGCAACGCAUUACUAGAAAGCCCAACUGGAACUGGAAAAACAUUAUGCCUUUUAUGUGCGACAUUGGCGUGGAGGAAAAGCAUGGGUGACUUUACGAGAGGUUUGAGUGAAAGAAAUACUGUAAAAGGUAGCCAGCAUUUGGAUGCUGAUUUGCAGCAAUCUCAAUCUUCUAAAUUUCCAACAAUAAUUUACGCAUCACGGACACACAGCCAGAUCAGGCAAGUGGUUCAAGAGUUGAAGAGGUCCCACUACAGACCCAAAAUGGUGGUAUUAGGAUCUCGCGAGCAGUUGUGCAUUCACGACCAAGUAAGUUUACUCCGUGGGAAGGCACAGACAAAUGCUUGCCGUGCCCUAUGCAAAAGGCGCACCAAGCGAUAUUGUUCUCAUUUUAAACACGUUGCAGAAUUUGUGAAGAAGAAUCCGAGAAUUGGAGAUGAUCCGAUUGAUAUAGAGGACUUAGUUAAUAUUGGAAAAAGCUGUGGAGCGUGCCCUUAUUACCUGUCAAGGGAGAUCCAUAAGGAUGUUGAUAUCUUAUUUGCGCCUUACAACUAUCUUAUUGAUCGUGGAAAUAGGAAAUCUCUGAAAAUCGACUGGGAUAGAAGCAUUCUUAUUUUUGACGAAGCUCACAACUUGGAGAGCAUAUGUGCUGAUGCAGCUUCUUUUGACCUGCCAUCAGGCCUUUUGACUGCAUGUAUAUCAGAGGUCAAAAAAUGCGUAGAUCUUUCAGUUACGAGGAGGGAAACAUCAAGUGAUAAAUCUUGUAAUCCAGAUAAUUUUGCUAUUCUAAGAGCACUUCUUUUGAAGCUUGAGAAGAGAAUAGCUGAGGUGCCUCUUGAAUCCAAAGAAUUAGGUUUUACAAAGCCUGGCCCUUACAUUUACGAGCUACUAUCUGAGCUAAAUAUAACUCAGAAAACUGCCAACAUGCUAAUGGAUAUAAUUGAGAAAGCAUGUGUGCUUCUUGAAGAAGAUGUAAACGUUAGUGAAAGUGGAGGAUCACAUAAAACUAGUGGGACCAUUUGCAGAUUGGAAAACAUGGGUGACAUACUUAGACUGAUUUUCAGGGAUGAUAGUAAUGCUCAUGCCCAAUAUUAUCGUGUUCAUGUCCAAGAAGUUGAAGCUAGCGCUGCAGAUGAAUUUAGAGGUAAAACCUCAAGAACCUUUAGCUGGUGGUGUUUCAAUCCCGGCAUUGCCAUGGAGGAGUUCUCCAGGCUCGGUAUUGGAUCUAUCAUUUUGACAUCUGGCACGUUAUCACCAAUGGAUUCAUUUGCAGAAGAGUUGAAACUAGAAUUUCCUAUCCGUUUGGAGAAUCCUCAUGUCAUAUCGGAUAAUCAGAUAUGGGCUGGAAUUGCACCUGUUGGGCCAUCUGGUUACCCUUUCAACUCUUCCUACCGCAGUCGUGGAUCUAUUGAGUACAAGUUGGAAUUGGGCAAUGCCAUUGUCAAUUUUGCUCGAAUUGUACCAGAUGGGCUGCUUGUAUUUUUCCCAUCUUACUACCUUUUGGACCAAUGCAUCAGCUGCUGGAAAUCGACGGGUCAAAAAGAUUUACCGACUUCAACUACAAUUUGGGAAAGAAUCUGCAAGCAUAAGUUACCCGUAGUGGAACCUAGGCAGUCCUCGCUUUUCCCUUUGGCGAUUGAAGAUUAUAUGACAAAGUUAAAGGACACCUGCUCUUCUGGUGCAAUUUUUUUCGCAGUUUGUCGUGGAAAGGUGAGUGAAGGAUUAGAUUUUGCUGACCAUGCCGGGAGAGCUGUGAUUGUAACUGGGCUGCCAUUUGCCACCAUGACUGAUGCUAAGGUUCGCCUAAAGCGUGAAUUCUUGGACCAACAGGUGCAGUCUCUAAGGACUGGAGUCAAGGGUUUGACUGGAGAAGAGUGGUACACUCAACAAGCAUCAAGGGCCGUAAAUCAAGCCGUUGGCCGUGUCAUUCGUCACCAGCAUGAUUAUGGUGCAAUUAUAUUCUGUGAUGAAAGGUUCACAAAUUCGAGCCGCCAGUCGCAAAUAUCACUGUGGAUACGACCUCAUGUCAAAUGUUACUCCAAAUUUGGUGAUGUAGUUUACACGUUAACUCGUUUUUUCCGAGAAGCUGGAACACGAUGCCCUCCAAAGCUUGAUUUCGCACAAGAUGCUGUGGUCAGUGGCACUCAGAAGCUGGAAUUGACGCAAAAUGAAUAUCAGGGUAAAUUUUUCUUAAUAAUCUUUGGUUGCUCAUAUGUCGUUGCAGAAAAUGCAUCCUUUGACUCAUCACCUUCAACCGAACAACUAAAACGAGAAAAAAAUAUAUCUAGCCUUUCGAAGGAAGUUCUUCCUGCUAACCGUUCAUACCUGACAUCACACAAGAUUCUUCCCGAUUCUCUUUUGAGUUUAUUCAAAUCGUCCGACUCAAAUCACUCAAGUCACACACAGAAAGAGCCUUUGAUCAGCGGGAAGAGAAUUGGAGAAGAAACUAAAGAUAUGUCAGGUUCGUGCAUUUUGGGAAAACAUAGAUUGUUAAUAACCGGGCCCGAUCAGCCGAGACAUGACGAGAAGUCUGAUAAUAAUUUAAGCAAUUCGAUAAAAAAGAAAAAAUUACAGCUUCCAGAGGUCUCUGAUGAAAUGAUCAUGUCAAAGAAAACGUUUAAUCAUCAUAAUGAGGAGACAAAGGGAUCAGCUUUUCUCACCCAGGUUCGGGAAAAGCUUACGGGUGCAGAGUAUGAAAAUUUCGUGGGCUUCAUGAGAGCCCUGAAGUCAAACUCAAUGAAAAUAAGCGAUGUUCUGCAAUCAAUCACAAGAUUAUUUUCAGCUCCAGACCGGCUCGCUCUUCUUCAUGGCUUCAAAGAUUAUGUCCCGGCGAAAUAUCAUUCUCUAUACGAGCAUUUUCUGCGCGCUAAUGGCGAUUCAGCUGGUCUUCAAAAACACAUAGAAGACACAUUUGAUGGACCAUGA